UGAACCAAUUGGCGUUAACUAAAACCCACUGACAUACUUGUCUUUUGGCUAAACUAAGAUAAGAUGCGCCAAAGCUCUGCCACCAACACAGCCAUGCUUUACAGUCUCCUUGUUUUGCUGUCUUUGGGACAAACAACCUUCUUAGCUGCGUCUUUAAAGUCAGACGCCGCUGGACGUACGACGGAGACAAACUUUGAACAGUUGGAGAAGCUGCGGAGCAGAUCCAGCUAUGUUGCAAGAAGCUGCAAAGAGAUCAGGGAUAGAUAUAACGAACAUGAAGAUGGCUUGUACUAUCUAACCACUGCUAAUGGAAUGGUUUAUCAGACUUUCUGUGACAUGACCACCGCCGGAGGCGGCUGGACGCUGGUGGCGAGCGUCCAUGAAAACAGUGCGUCCGGAAGGUGCACAGUUGGUGACCGCUGGUCUAGCCAACAGGGCAAUGAUGAAAACCUUCCAGAUGGAGACGGGAACUGGUCUAAUAGAAAUACCUUUGGAACAGCAGAAGGAGCCACUUCGGAUGAUUUUAAGAACCCAGGUUACUACGACAUUGUGGCAGCAGAUAUGUCCGUAUGGCAUGUUCCCAACAACUUCCCAAUGGAACACUGGAAGCUGGGGGCCAUUCUCCGCUACCACACAGACAACAACUUCCUCCAUCUGUAUGGAGGCAACCUCUUGCAGCUCUUUAAGCAAUAUCCAGUGAGAUACAAUGUGGGCUCCUGCAGUGACAGAGGUCCAGCUAUUUCCAUUGUGUACGACUCCGGAGACCGAGAGUCCACUAGGAAUUUAUAUGGACCCAAUUCAAGAAGGGAGUUUGAAACAGGUUUUAUCACUUUCAGAGCAAUAAAUUAUGAACGUUCAGCCAUGGCAAUUUGCUCUGGGGUCAAGACGACAGGAUGCAACACUGAACAUUAUUGUGUAGGAGGGGGUGGGUACUUUCACCCGGAUCAAUGUGGGGACUUCCCAUCAUAUGAAUGGGACAAACUUGGACGAGAACAAGGCUGGAGUGCUUCCAAAGAGAUCACUGAAGCUGCUGUUUUUUUGUUCUACCGCUAACUAUUACUAAUUAUUCUACAAAUGUGAUAACUUCAAUUUUGGCUGAUAUGAAUCUAAUGUGACUAAGCUGUAUUGUGCUGUAUAUUUAAUAAUAAUUAUGACCCAGAAGAAUUUGCAGAUUUGUGGGCUUGAAUGCACUAUAAACAAC